GUGCGCGCGCCCGUUCGCCCAGCUUGUGGAGGCUAUUUAUAUUCUGCAGUUCUCGUCUGCUUCCACUGAGCGACGCCGGAUUCAUCGAGUUUGCCACGGCGAGUAAGCAAGUUGAAGAGGAAACCCGCUUUAUACAAGAUGAAGACCUUGUCGACGCUGGUGGUGCUGGUGGUCGUCCUUGCGGCUGCAACGUCUGCUUCGCGCAAAUGCAAGUAUAACAGGCAGGAUAAAUGGUCCGAAUGUGAAAACGGCAAACAGACCGCGACCAAGAUCAUAAAGGAAGGAUCAGACAAGACGUGUCCUCAGAAAAAGGUCAAGACCAGAAUCUGUGUUGCAGGAGAGAAAUGCAAGUACGAGAAAAAUGACUGGAGUGAAUGUAAUGAAGCGACCAGUCUGCAAACCCGCACCAUGAACCUCAAGACUGGCAGUGCGCGAUGCGCACCCGUAAAGACUAUAACGCGCAAAUGCAAAAAAGCUUGCAAGUACCAGAAAGGAAACUGGAGUGAGUGUGAUCCCGCGACGAAGAAGAUGACUCGCACGCUAACCCUCACCCAGGGCAGCGACCAGUGUCCACCGAACAAAACCCGGUUGAGGCGAUGCAGGAAAGGGAAGUCGAGGAAAAAAGCCUGUAAGUAUAACCGGGGCCCAUGGAGCCAGUGUGAUCCAGUUACUAACAAGAUGCAGCGCACGAUGACCCUUAAACGAGGCGACCGAGAUGCAUGUGAUCCAAUCAAAAAGGUGACCAGACAGUGUCGUCGUAGAGCGGCUUUGUCUGCUGCUAGAAUACACACGAAAUGUAAGUAUGAGUUUGCUGAUUGGCAGCAGUGUGACCUACGAACCAACACGAUGACCCGCACAAUGAAUCUAGUCCAGGGGGACCCAGACAAAUGUGCUCCGACAAAAGAAUUGAAACGCAAGUGUAGGAAACCAUGCAAGUUCCGCAAAGGAGGUUGGUCUGCCUGUGAUCCAACAACACAUCUUAUGACAAGAAUGGAUACUUUAAUCAAGGGAGAUAAUAUGUUCUGUUCAAAAAAGCGACAGAUCACUAAGAAAUGUAAAAAAGGCAAGCGAAAAUGCCAGUAUGAUAUAGGAGAAUGGAGUGAGUGCGAUACUUCCACCAACAAGAGGACCCGUGUGAAAAAACUGAAAAAAGGCGACUUGAACGUGUGUAAACCUGAGAUCGCGAUGACUAAAUCCUGUAGCCGGCCUAAUGGGAAAGAGCGAUGCUUCUUUGGAAAAUGGGGAGAAUACCUUCCCUGUAUGAAUGGUGUGAUGACGAAAGCAAGGGAGCUAAUCCAGGGUGGAACUGAAUGUGAAAGGAAGGCUGUGAAAACUAAGGCUUGCAGUUGAGCCACUUUGUACAAGCCCCAGUGGCCUGGACAUUUGCCAAAGACUUGACUGUAUUAUCUCCCUUUGAAUGCUCAGCUUUGCUAUAGCUGCUCAACCAAUAGGCUUUCACCUUUGCAUUCCUCUUCAUCUGCAUAAUCUUAGUGCAAGGGCUUAAAAAAAACAAAUAUUUACCUAGUUAUGUGAUAAAAGAAUCUUUGUUUAUUGUCAAGACUCAUCUUGUUAGUAGAAAAUCUUUCACUUAAUAUGUGUUAAAAAGAUAAUAUCUUUUAUUUCCCUUAUCAAUAUCAUUAUGCAUGUACUUCUACAUGCAAAUAUGCUUUCCAGUCUAGGAGUUUAUACUGUACUUCAUGGAUGACAUGUAAACAGAAAGAGUUUCAACCAAUGAACUCUGAAACUAUAGGAGCUUACUGAAAUACAGUCAGAACAAACGUACAAGAAAACUUGUUAGCCAAAGAAUUUACCUCAUUCUGUAUCUACUUUGGGAACAGCAUAUAAUUAGCACUAAAUAAGCAAUAACAAUUAAGGUCACAAUUGGCAAUAGCUUUCAGUCAUUGAAAUGUGCUAUUUUUGCUUAAUAGAGAUGUUAGAAGCCAAUGUUUGUAUUCAAAAUAGUUUUAUUCAAUAUAGUUGCUGUCACUGUCUAACUUGUGAGUAUAUGUUAUCAUCUCAUAUAACAUUUUAGGCCAGCCGUUACUUUGUACAGGAGUUGCUAAUAAUAUUUCAGGGGGCACGGGUGGCCCAGUCGUCUAAGGCACCAUGAUUCGCUGUGCAGAGUUGCGUCCCUUGGGCACGCCAGAAACCUAUGAUUGUGGGUUCGAAUCCCGGUUCGCCCCGAUCAUGUUUCGAGGUUUGUCAGCACCAUACCUGUGCUCGUGGUAUUCACCAAGGUGGUAAACGUUCUAGACCUGCAUCACUUCUGGCUUUCCUCCCACAUUAAGCUGACACGCUGUGAUAUAACUGGAAUACUGUUAAAAACGGCGUUAAACCCAACUCACUCACUAUAAUAUUUCAAUUUGUGAAGUGGUUUCUUCUUCCACAUUAAAGGGUUCAUUUUCAUCAUUGGAUGACAAACCAAUCAUUGUUUCACCUUAUAAUGACUUGGUAUUAUUAGGCCAUAAAAAGUCAAUUAUGAGGGUUUUUUGUCCCCACCGACCCUCAAUCAAAACCACUGGCAACUGGCAACCAUUUCCUGUGUUAUGGUAGUCUACAUGAUGGCAUACUUUGCAGAAACAUUAAAUGUCUCCUGCCCAUCAUGGUUGAAAUGUUAAUUGAAUUGUUUUGACUAGGGCCUUGUCCUCAUUGCUUCGUUCAAGAUUUUUUUUUUUAUUAAAUGAAUGUAUUCUAGUCAUCCAUAAUGGUUUCAGCCUGGUGCUUUGCCCAUAACAGCAUUAUAUCUGUCAGCUGCUGCUUCCGAUGUCACUUAUACAUGAUUAGUUGUACUUUAUACAAUAUUAGUUGUACUUUUAGAUCAAGUGUAUUCAUUUCUAGUUUAGAUAUGGAUGUUCUGUUGUUAUACAACCUGUUUGUAUUGAGAUAUUCUGCUUUUCUUUCAGCUGUUUCAUUGUUGAACAUUUAUCGAAAUGUUUCUAUUCUCUUGUUAAACAUUUCAUCCAUUUAGCCACUGUCAUAAUAAUAUGUGUACAUUAACAUGCACCUUAAUAAUAAAUGACAAUGUUGACCUAUGGAAUAAAUCAAGAUUGCAUGUUUAGAGUAUAUAUACAUAGUGUGAUCUAUUUGAAUGAUGAUCUCUUCCAGGUUGUUUUCCAAAUAUACAUGGCAAUUAUGCUCCUCCAAGUAUCAGUCUUCUCUUGAAAGGCUUUCUGUUAAAAGUACCCUAUACAGUUUUUUAUGGCAUAUGUGAUAUAUUAUGUCAAUGAUUGCUAUCUUCCUGAGCCAGAUUUUGCCUUUGUAAUCUGACUGGGUAGUUUUCUUUUUGUUUUUCAACCAACAGCGAACAUUGAAAACCAGAUAGCACUCUUCUUCACUCAUCGCCGAAUAUUGCUGAGUGCGGCGUUGAACAACAAAUAAACAAAAUAAAAACAAACCAAUCAUCAUCUUCGCGAGGAAUCAAGUUGUUUACUUUUACAGCAAGGAUAAUUUUCACCUCAACAUGUAUGAUAAAGAAAGAAACUAGGGAAUUAUGGAGAAGUUUGUGGCACACCUUUUGUGUAUUUUGCGUACUUUUAACUUCCCCCAAGAGUGUAAUAUGUCUUAACCCAGUUGCCAUAUUGUAUUAGUUAUGAAACAUUUGCACCAGCAUGGUUUUAUCCUUGUAUUUUAUGUGCUUAUUGAUAAAGUUGAAUUUCUUUUGGACAAGACAAUUUCCAUAAAUACCUUUGUUAGAUGAUCUUGUAGUGAGGGAUUUGUACCUCUGUCACUGUAUUUAUACUGUUUAUAUCAGUAUUUUGAUUUGUCUGUUUGUGUAGGUGCCACGUUUUGAGGAUUGUCAAGUGUCUUUAGACUCUCAUUAUGAAGCAGGACUGUGCUUGUUGAUUAGCUUCGCUCAGUUUUAUACUUACGUGACAUGUUACUUUAUUCGAGCUGCCGAUACUGUUUGAAAUGUUUAAUGUUCAUCAUGAAAUACAACGAUUCUGAUCAUGAAUUUAAGUUGGAAAUUAUUUGGAAUAUUUCUUGUUUGUGUAAAUUUAUGGUGCUUAUUUGUUGUAGGUAAAUGCCUUUUCAUGGGUGAAUUGGUCUAGUUGAUCAAACUAUGUCACACCUCUAGUAAAUACAAACAUAUACUAGGCAUAAAAGGGAUCUUGUUUUAAUUCUUGUUGAAUAAUUUCCUUUUAGUACUGAUCAGAUUUGUUUUACUGAAUAUGUUUUAUCUACUUUAAGAUGAAUUUCUGCAAAGACAUACACGGUAUAUAUGUGUGUUUAUUAUGUUCUCAAACAUGACAGUAGCGUAUUGGCCUUUGUUCAAUCUGCAGAGACUCCUUUCAAGAUCAUUCAGGGGUUAAAGUAUGUCAGAGGUUAUAAUUAAUUCAACUCUAUAAUUUAACUUUGAAACAGUUAGGACCUGUUAAAUUAAGUAACAUUUACCACCAAAUGUUGGUUGUGACUUCCAAAUAAGGUAUAAUGUCUUGUCACUGAAAGUUGUCAUGAGUGGGUGUGAAGUGUAAACGGAUAUUUUAGCCCCUGUUCUUUGCCAUUGCCACUUCCAGUGUAGCACAUUGCAUGUGGCAGUGAGAAGAACAUCUGUUGUUACCAGAGGUCAGAAAAGUGAAGUCUUCACUGUACACCAUGUUAUAAAUGUAUAUCUCCAUGUUCACCAAUUUACCACAAGCAUUAUGGAGUAUUAUACACCAACUGUAACAACUGUUCAAGGACAUCCUUUCAGAUUUUGUGUCAGUCAAUAACAUGCAAUUUCAACAUGUAACCACAAAAAGACAAUCAUAAAUCAGUCAAAGGUUUUAAAGUAUAUAUUUAUACAAUAUAUAAAAAUUUAGAAUAUUAUACAACUUUUCUUCCAUUGGUUCUUAUUUUGUAGCUCAAUUUUCUGUUUUACAGACACAUAUAGCAUUAUCUAUAUUUAUAGAUAUGUCGUCAGAGUACUUUGUACAGUGAUAAAUUUCAUAAUAGAUUGUUCCUUUUAGAGUGUACCCUAGGGUUUUUAAUUAUUAGUUUUAAUUGGAAAAUAAUGUUUACAUUUAAAAUAAAGUGUUAUAGUUAAA